UUAUAUAUCAUAUAUUUUUUUUUCGUUUUUCAUGUUUCUUUUUAAUUGAUAAUUAAAAAAAGUACUAAAUAAUUUAAUGAAUUACCAUUGAUAUUAAAAUCGAAUUAGUCUUUAAACGAAUAUGUAAACGAUAUAUAUAUAUAUAUAUAUAUAUAUUAUAUAAUCAAAGAAAAAAUAUAAAAAUAAAAUACAUGAAUUUAAAAAUAAAAUAAAACUAUUGCAUUUAAGUUGGUCUCAUUCGAAGAGUCAUUCAAAAUUAUCAGUAGCUUAGGUUUCGAACUUGAUAUUCAAAAAACUAAUAAUAACACAUUAAAUACCUUUAUUUACAUGAAUUUAUUAAAAGAAAUGUAAGAAUAAAAAAUAAUGUUUUCAUCUCUUUUUUACUAAUGAUUUACCAACUGAAAUUAUUUGAACCAGGAGCUUAUAAGAGGUCAAAUCAUUUAAAUCAUUAGAAUAAUUAGCAGAAAUCGACUCCUUGGAUGAAUCUCACAGGGAUAAUCCAGUGUGAAGGGUUUUUGUCUUUUAAUAAUUCAUAAUUGCCUCCUGAUUCAUUACCUGCCUAUUUAAAAAUAGAGCUCCUGUUUUGCGGGGCACCAAUAAUGAGUCAAGACAUAAUCGUGUGGCAAAGCCAAAGUUAUUUAGUGCGAGUUUGAAUUUGUAACCAGUUUUGCACUUCUGUUUUCUGAAUAGUAUAGUCUAAGAUUUAGGUAUCCAUCUAGUGCGUUGGUCUUCAGCACUUGUUAUCUGUUAACUGAACUGCACCCAGCUUGUGUGCCACAGACCUGCUCACUGCAAAGACAUCAGCACAUCAUGAAGAUCUGUCUGCUCAUUCUUCUGCUUAUUUCUGCUUUGACAAAUAUUUUGUGCCAGAACUUCAAUCCAGAUGAAGAGAAUUGGAUAAAUGACGAGUAUCCAAAUGAGGUAAAUCUGCUGGAGUCUGAACCAUUACAGACGAUGUUGAAAAGGGUGAAUCAAGCACCUGGACUACAACAGUAUUUUGGUCUAAUGGGGAAAAGAUCGUCCGCAAAAUCACAGAUAACACGGAGACGGCAGAAGUUCCAGACUUUUGUUGGUCUAAUGGGAAAACGGAAUGUGACUGAACCAGGUUCUUUCUAACAAGAAAGCAUUUAACUGAUUGUGUGGACAUAAUGUAUAACAUGCAGCCACUAAUGGACACAGGAGUUCAAGCCCCAAACUUCAGACUGGUUGUGAAACUCAAAGUUCUGCUGUUUUCUUUUAAAUAAAAAUGUAAUAAAAAAG